AUGAUCUCGACUCUGAUGGAAGCCGGCACAAAGACGUACUUCCAUCAUCGCGUCACCAUUAUCGAGACUCCACUACAGCUCCCCGGCGCCUCCAUCGUUGCAACUGGUGCGCUUCCUUUCCUGGAAACCGCUUCAAAAAAGUCGGAGGGCCUACGGCGCGCUUCGACAGCUUGCGUUGGGAGCAAAGCAAAAACCCCUCCUGUUGCUCACGUCAUAUCUACCACAGACCGCCAUACCUCUCAUCACUACGUGCUCUUCCUCGUCGUUCUCUCCCGCUUAAUGUUAGUCAAUCCGAUCAGAUUCGCAAAAAGCGUCGGAAGCCAUUGCAAGAACGGCAGGCGCACCAUUGGUUCAAUCCGCUUUCUCAGACUCACGCGUGAAGAGGCGGGAAGAGGAGGGGCGUAUAGAGCCAUCACGAACACAUUUGGACCGAAGAGCAAGCCAAUUAUAGCAAUUGAUGACUGCUAG